GCAGCUGCGUCCUGCCAACCACUUGUACUUCUGCCAAGAUGAAGAUCGUGUUGCUACUCACUCUGGUCGGGCUGGCGGCCUGUCAGUUCCAGUUCUUCGGGCGUCAACCUCAGUUCUCGGGCUUCAAUGGGUUCCAAAGACCCCGAGCCUUUGGUGGCCAGCAAUUUGGUCGUCAAGGCUUUGGUGCUCAGGCUGACGACACCCGUGGUGGGAGUCAGUACUAUUUCUCCUGGAGACACGACAAUGGAAGAAAGUACACAGCCGGACAGGCUCACGGCUUGUGUACAGGUCUGGGCGGCGGGUGGCAGCCUGUGGGCAUCAGCUCCCCUGACGAGCUCCAGUACAUCAACAGCAUUGUUGGCUCAAACCGGCUGCAAUAUAUCUGGACCGGCGGGGUGAGAGCCGGCGCCGGCUUCAGAUGGCUCAACGGAGAACCUUUUAACGUUAAUGGCUGGUCACACACCGGAGGACUCCGUCGACCUCAGCCCGACAACCGUGAGAACGGCCAAGAGAACUGCCUGGCCGUCCUUAACAACUUCUACCAGGAUGGCAUCAAAUGGCACGACGUGGCCUGCCACCACGUGAAACCCGUCAUCUGUGAACGUAGAGGUUAAACUGCUCCAGUUAACUGCCUCCUUGCUACUCACGGGACUGUCGCUCCACGAUACUUUCCAUGCAUAGAACAUAAUACUCAUAUCUCAUUCUAUUGCUUCUCAUGGUCGUAUUACUUUGCAUUCUGUAUCAUCAAGCCUAUAAUUGGCUCGUUAUGCAGCCUCUCAGGUUUCAGUCUUCAGUAUAUGCUGUUAAAGAACGAUAGUACCAGCUCUCUGCUGUUGCCAAAUGAUGUACUGAAAGUUAAAUUGACAUUCAAUUAACUCACAAAAUCUCUUGGACAUGCAACACUUAAGUUAAUAUAUAUAUUUAUAUUUUCUACAUGUAAUCUUGUAUAUUUAUUUUUCGUAAAGCCGCUUGCAGAAACUAACUCGUUACCAUUUACAAGAUAAAUAUAUAGAUUGAAAUGA